AUGGAGGCAGUCGAUGUUCGCUCACUCCUGAUGCUGACAGCUCAGCUCAAGUUGAAGGACGUGGAUGAAGUGCAAGUUAAGUUGCUGGCUCUUGAGCUUUGCAACUCCAACAAUGAAGGGCAUCAGGGAGGGGAUGAAGCGAUCUUGAUUCAGAAGCGCGACAAUGGCGACAAGUGCCUUCACCCGGGAAUCAGCGGGCAGUCCAGUCACAUCAUAGCGGGCAAUGGAAGGAUGUCCUCGAAGCUAGUGAAGCUGCCGGAUGACGGUGCUUGCUCGCUGCUGUCAAGGACGCCACAAGACUGA